AUGGCGGCUGUGCGGGGCCUGCGGAUCUCAGUGAAGGCGGAGGCAACGGCGACAACAGCGGAGCCUCGCGGCCCGGAGCCUGAGCCUAUGGAAGUGGAAGAGGGCGAGCUGGAGACCAUCCCUGUGAGGCGCUCGCUCCGGGAGCUUAUUCCGGACACUAGUAGGAGAUAUGAAAACAAAGCUGGAAGUUUCAUUACUGGAAUAGAUGUAACCUCCAAGGAAGCAAUUGAGAAAAAGGAACAAAGAGCAAAACGCUUUCAUUUUCGAGCUGAAGUGAAUCUCGCCCAAAGGAAUGUGGCACUGGAUCGGGACAUGAUGAAGAAAGCAAUUCCUAAAGUGAGAUUGGACACAAUUUACAUUUGUGGAGUGGAUGAGAUGAGUACACAGGACAUCUUUGCCUAUUUCAAAGAGUAUCCUCCUGCUCAUAUUGAGUGGUUGGAUGAUACGUCAUGUAAUGUGGUCUGGCUUGAUGAAGUAACAGCAACACGGGCUCUAAUAAAUAUGAGUUCCUUGCCUGAUCAGGAGAAAACAAAAAGCAGAGAAAACAAUGAAGAGAAGACAGCUGAAAAACCCAAGAAAGAAAAACAGGAGGAAAGUUCUGAUGAUGAGACAGAAGAAGGCGAGGUUGAGGAUGACAAUCCAAGUGAUGUUGAGUUGGAUGCCCUCUCCCAGGUAGAAGAGGAUUCUCUCCUGCGUAAUGAUCUUCGCCCUGCCAAUAAACUGGCUAAAGGAAACAAGCUAUUCAUGAGAUUUGCUACUAAAGAUGACAAAAAAGAGCUGGGAGCUGCAAGGCGAAGCCAGUAUUACAUGAAAUACGGCAAUCCGAAUUACGGAGGCAUGAAGGGGAUUCUUAGCAAUUCUUGGAAACGAAGAUACCAUUCACGUCGAAUCCAUCGGGACGUGAUAAAGAAAAGGACACUUAUUGGGGAUGAUGUCGGCUUGACUCCUCCUUAUAAACAUCGUCAUUCAGGCUUAGUAAAUGUUCCUGAGGAGCCUAUUGAGGAGGAAGAAGAGGAGGAAGAAGAUCAGGAUAUGGAUGAAGAUGACAGAGUUGUGGUAGAGUACCGUGAUGAACUGCAAGCUUUCAAACAGUCCCGAGACCGCAGUGCAGCAAGACGAUCGAGUGCUAGUGCAUCUGAUUCUGAUGAAAUGGACUAUGAUCUUGAACUGAAAAUGAUAUCAACACCCUCUCCCAAAAAGAGCAUGAAAAUGACAAUGUAUGCAGAUGAGGUGGAAUCACAACUGAAAAAUAUUAGGAAUUCCAUGCGAGCAGAUAGCAUAGCAACCAGUAACAUCAAAAAUCGGAUUGGCAGUAAACUAUCAUCAGAGAAAGUUGCAGAUGUAAGACUACUGUUAGAAGAAAAACGUCAGAAUAAUACUGGGCCACGUCAGCCAAACAGCACUGUAAAGUCAGAUGUGCGGCAAAGACUGGGAAAAAGACCACAUUCUCCAGAAAUUAAACCUCCAAGUAGUACCUCUGCUCCUCGUCGAGAACCAAUAUCAGAUGUACACAGCCGGUUAGGAAUCCCCAAACAAGAUGUAAAAGGCCUCUACUCUGAUACCAGAGAGAAGAAAUCAGGUAAUUUAUGGACCCGAUUAGGGUCUGCUCCGAAGACACAAGAAAAGACUUCAGAUAAACCUGAAAACUCUGUGGCAUCUCCAGAGGAAGAUGAUUCAGAGCUUCAGCGGGUUUGGGGUGCUCUCAUUAAGGAAAAAGAACAGUCUCGGCAAAAAAAGAGUCGAUUGGAUAAUUUACCAUCUCUACAAAUUGAAAUCAGCCGAGAAAGCAGUUCUGGAUCGGACACUGAAUCAUGAUUGUUUUUGCAUUCUGAUCCUCAAGAUUGUGACUCUGCAGUGUGGCAAGAUUUCCUUUGCCCAAAAGCUGGACACUGGCAAAGACUCUGCAGUGAAGGUUCCCGAAGUGUCUCUGUUCCUUUUAUACGAAAAUAGAGAUGCGUAUACCACUUGAAACCUAAAGCAAUCACGUUUGUCUGGAGUCUGUGGUUGGCCCUGUGUUACGUAGGGCAUUGUCAUAUAUGUUUAUUACAGCAAACCCGUAGUUAAUUCUAGCAAAACACUUUUCCCCAAGCUUUGAACUUAAAAGAAGAGGCAGAAAUGCUCUGUAUUUUUAAGAAGAUCUUUUUGUUCUUAAUAUUUUUAACAUGGAGCCUUUUAACAAAAUAUUUUACACAGUUCAUCCAAAGAACAGGGCAUUUCAUAAUCAACAUCAUUGCCUUGCCCUUCUGGCUCUUACCAGCACCUGUCCUUUCCUCUUGAAGUAAUAACAAUAAUGCUUCCUGGGUAGGCAGCCAGCAAGGAUAAAGCAUGAAGGGACUAUCACGUUCCCUUCCUCCAAAAUACUGAAUGUAAAUCCAAGUUAAACAUUUUAGUACAGUGAAAUUUCACAUAGUAUCCAAGUAGCAUCACUGCUCUCAAGGAAUUCUGCUCAUUUAUUUUGGUGGUACCAUGUUCUGCUGUAGUAGGGAUUGAGAUGUUCAAGACUGCAAAGUUGGAUGUUUGAGAAUUGUGUAAAUCCCAAGGGUUUAAUAUUUUUUUUUUUUGUUACAUGAUGAGAAAUUCUGUUUCUUUCAUUUCAUCUAUAUUAUGUUUUGAAGAAAUCUAACAAUUUAAAAGCAUACAUUUUUAUAUUUGUGAGAAUUUUCCUGUUGGCCACAGUGAAAGCUAUAGUGGUGUUUUCCAAUGUGCUGUUUAACUAUAUAUAUAUAUAACUGAAAGAGAAAAGGAAAACUCUAGGAUCACUGUCUCAUGUCAAUAUUUUUGAAUGUUCUUAUUGUGUAGUACAUGUGGAUGUGGACGCGGUUGACUUGUUACAUUCAGCUUUUUUACCCGCAUACCCUCUCUAGGUAGGAAAAAGGUUUGAUCAGCGUGCAACUGCAAUUUUUUCUUGUUGCCUAUGGCAUUUGAUUGCCAAUAAUUCUAAAUAAGGAAUAAUGCUAGCAUGUCACAUUCUGGUAAACGGAACAGGUAGGAAAAACAUUGUCUGCUACAUUUUGAUAGUCUGAAAAUUUGUUUGCGUUGUCCCUAUUUCCUAGGUUCUGUCAGUCCAAAAUGUCUAUGAAUAUCUCUUCCCCUUUCUGCUUUUUAACAAACGUUUUAUCUUUUUUUCCCCUAUUUUUGUACUAAGUUGAAGUAGGUUUGAGGCUUCACAAAAGCAAGGAAUCUGCAAUUAACUUCUCUUAUUGCUUUAUUAUGUGUAAGAAUAGCAGCAUGUAAAAUUAAAGGUAAAAUGAAAGGUACAGUGACUAGAAGGGUAAUCUGGGGACUGACUGGGCUUCAAGCCUUAUUAUUUCCUUGUUUUGUGACACUCAUCCUUGAUUUUAUAUUUAAUUAUUGAAUAUAUAAAUAUGUCUCAUAAAAGUACUGUUGAGAGUAAAUGACUGCAAUGUCUGAUCACUGUAAUAAUUCAUUUUAAUGUGUGCUUUCAUUAAUAUCCCUUCCAAAGCUUUCAAAUAGAAUCAUACCCAUACCAUACCCAUUUCUCAAGAUCCUGAUAAAAUUUAUUUAACCAGUGUCUUUUUGCCAGUAAACCUUUGUGUUGUGUUACUGCUUUGAAUCCAUUAUGACCUUUCCUUUUCCUGAAAGGAGUUGGUAGAUGUGAAUCGUGCACCUGGCCUAUGAAGACAGGCUUCUGCAUUCUUGUGAACCCUUGCAUGUGUUUAACCUCAGCAACUGGUUGUGCUCUGCUGUUAAUGUUACUGAUAACCGCUGUGUUUCCGUGUAAAUACUCGUAACUUGAGCCUGGUGAAGGACAGACUAACUGGUAUGAAGGGCGGAACGGGAAUAGAGAAUCUCUUCAAGUGAUACAAAAGACCUGAACUAAUGGGCGUGUGAAAUCAAGAAAAGCGAUGUAGGCAAAGGCUUGCAUUCGAGGAAGAGGAGCCAUUAACACCGGUUCCGUCUUCCAGGUAGUCAUAAAUACGCCUUACAAAUGCCUCCACGUUUGUCGGGUCUGUUGUGUUCAUGGUUUUGGGGGGAGGGCUAUGUGUGUUAAUGAGACCAUGGUAGCUUAGCUGCAAGAAAAAUAGAGGUUUACUGUUGAAAGGACCUACAGAGAGGUUUUUUUGUAACUGAGUGUUUGCCUGGUUUUGCUUUUUGAUGGUGUACAGAGAAGCCUUGAAAAGUGUGUGCUGGUAUCAGAAAUUCUAGCUUUGGUCUUCCUUAGUCACCUGAACAUGAACUGCUGGGUUUUGAGAAUUAAAAAUGAGCACUGAAUCUUUAGUGAAUGCUUUUUCCUCAACAUGGUUAGCUUAAAUCUGUUUGACCUAGAGAGAGAUUGCAUAGAGAAUUUUGUUGUAAGUCCCCUUCUCUUUGUGGUCGGCUGUUUUGCUCUUAGCUAAUGUGUUCUUGAUCUUUCACUGAACUCCCAGAUAUUAUCACCUUCAAGGAAUUUGAUGCAGAAAUUAAUGUUCUGAUGCUGAGACGUGCAACCUAUGUAUUUUACUGAAAUGAACUUAUGUUGAAAAUUGCAAGGAGGGGUAGUUCGGCUUUGGCUUUUGCUGGCAGAUCUAUGCCUCGGAGGAAAAAAUGAUUCUGAAUUUUAGGUGACUUGUUAUAGGACCACACUAGUCCUUCUUCUAGGAAGAUUUUGCUGUUUUGAAAAGGUGGUUUUUUGGUAAGUGGUUCAGGCGACUGUUACACUGUGCAAAAAAAACUGUCUUGGGGGCUGCGGGCUCUGUGCCUGCAGCUGUCCUCAGGCAGACUCUGAACAUGUGGCGUUGAUGGCGAGACUUGAAAGUGAGGGCUUUUUUUUUUUUUUAAGAUGGCCGAUGUGUUUAACAGGGAAAAGGAAAGCAAAGAAGCCCUUUUCAGUUCAAGAUGACAUUAUAAUGUGAAAAUAAUGGAACUUUUAUUGAA